GUUACAAGUGCCAUAAAACACUAACGAAAACAAAACGAAACAAACAUGAUUAGUAUCGCAUAACCCGUACGUCACGGGGCAAUGCAGAUUUCUAAUUGCUCAUAGUCAACAACGGUUUUCCUUUUUUACCCAGUGAUGUGUGCAGUCGCUUGGCGCUGUUCUCUUAAUAUUUUAUUUUUUUUAGAAAGUUUUGCUGUUGCAGGUGAUUGGAAGGCGCAGCUGAUGAAGACUCAAACCCCCCCUGUGUUGGGUUGCAACCCUUGCUGGUCAGCCGUGGUCAUCGUCCGGUCUGUUGACGCCGCCUGGAUGUGUACGUAGCAGCGGUCAGUGAUGGUGCAGAAGAAGCACACGAUGGUCAGGUACAGUCCUGUGCCCUCUGACCCCAGUCAGGACGGGGUCCCGGUGCCUGCGCGAACGUCUAGGUGCCCAAAGCUGACACGCUACAAGGUAAUGACCUGUGUGAGUGUGUUGGUUCUCAGCGGCGUGUUGUUGCUGGUGGCCUGUCUACACACGGGCGCUCUCUACGGACUCAGGGCCUCCUCCGGGCCGGCCUCGAGGACUUGCGCCCUGACGGCACCGGACCAGACCGGGCACACUACUGGUAAAGGUUCCCCAGCUCCGUCGGCCGUUCCUCUACCCAAGUCCUCGGACAAGAGCAGUCUGGCAGCUGCCCGCAGGCGCGUCAUGCAGCGACGCCUCCCCGUUGCCAUAGUGAUCGGGGCUCGUAAAGCGGGGACGCGGGCCCUGCUGCGGUUCAUCGGCCUUCACCCUGACGUGGUCACCUCCAAGAGAGAGCCACAUUACUUUGAUAGGAAAAGUAUUUCAAGAGUGGCAACACCGAGCCCAUGGCCCCCUUCGAGGACUACGUGGUGGACGCUGAGACCGGGGAGAUCAACAAGUCGUACGCGCCCAUCAAACGGUCGCUCUAUGUCCGGCACCUGGACCGCUGGCUGGUCCACUUCCAGAUGUCCCAGAUCCUGGUGGUGGACGGCGAGAACAUCAAGGUCCGCCCCUGGGAGGAGAUGUCGCGGGUGGAAAGCUUUCUGGGUCUUUCACAUAAGGUUGGCGAAGAUCUAUUCGUAUACAACGAGACCAAAGGCUUCUACUGCGUUAAGGUGGAGGCAAACAUGACAACAGGUUCAGACUUUGUCCUUGACCCUCUACCCCUGUCAGAACGGUGCCUGGCCAAGAGCAAAGGUCGUGAACACCCGUACAUUGACCCUGAGGUCAGGGCCAAGUUGGUGCAGUUCUUUGCACCGUUCAACCACCGUUUUUUCCAGAGGAUUGGCGUGUACUUUGACUGGAAAUAGAGGUUUACACACCUAUGUAUACUUUGACUGGAACUACAGGUAUACACACCUGUGUGUACUAUGACUUGGAUUGGAGGUAUACACAGCUAUGUGCAUUGUGGCUUGGUUUGGAGAUAUAGACAUGUGAACUUUUACUGGGAUUAGAGGUAUUCACACUUUGGGACUACACAGGUAUACACUCCUAUGUGUAUUCUGACAGGGACCAGAAGUCAACACAUGUACCUCAACAUGAUGUCCACCUGAUUUGUGGUUUCAGUUCCUGUCAAAGUCUUGCCUAGUGUUGUUGCAGGACCAUUUAAAAAAGAAACGGGUUUCACCAAUAGUUUGGGAAUGUGCUGCUCUGGGAUAUAACAAAUGUGUAUCGGACACUUCUUGUUAUGAAGAAGGCUCUUGACAUAAUAUGUCCUAAUUUGUGUUUCAAAUCACGUAGCGACAUCAGUACAUGUAUCUGUGACACACUGGUGUGUAAUGUGGCUGUCUACAGCACAGUGUCUUUUGGUGUAUCCAACAAUGAAGUGCCCUGUGCUGGAGAUGGUCUUAUUGUCAUCAGAUUCACUUCAUUCAGUUAGGACAAGGAUAAAAUCCAUUGUGUGAGCCUUUGUGCACCUGGUAGAGCUUGACUAAACUUUUACACAGUGGCUCACUGUUUGACUUGCUCAUCCACCCGUUUCCUGCUAAUUUUGCUUGCAGCAUAGUGAUAAUUAUUGCAAUAUACUACCUUUGACUUAAACAAAACCUGUCUUUGGGCUACUUCAAAGGCAAUCACAGGACACCUGUAGCUUCUUGUCACCUAGUUAUUUUGCUAGAUCUGUGUAUUCAAGUGAUAAUAUUCAAGAUUUAAGAAUAAGAUUAUUCAUUGUUGUUAAGCUAAUCAUUAUGAUCAGGGGAUUGAAAACAAUUAACAGUAUUUUAAUUAAAGAAGUAUACAGUAUGGAAUAUGAAAACAGAAUGUUACAUUUGCUUUUAAGUGAAAUAUUUUGCCUUCGAGCUGGAGACUAUACUUAAGCCUCCAUCAUACAAUGCUGCUCAACAGUCAGUCUUAGCAUUUAGUUUCUGGUGUGGACGUAUUCAUAUUUGUACCGUAACUAGUGGUUAUCAAGGGUGCCUGACCUUCAACCUGAAACUGUCUGUCACCAGGAUGUCAGUCGGAUCUCUUGAUGUGCUAUUUGCCUGAUGUGAGAGCUGAAUUCUACAAAAGUUUGUUACCAUUCCUAUAUUGUUGUUAUUGUACUUGUUAUUGUUUUAUUUUGCAUAAUUCUCGGUGUCAUCUCAGGAGUUGUUUUUUACUGUGCUUAGCCCUAGCCCUCCGUGUGUGUGGGGGUUCAACAAAAGGUGGACUGCUAAAGACUAUAUAUGCUUGUGCAAUAAGCAAGAGACUGUUUCAUUGCUGAUUUCCCAGGCUUGCAAAUGUCCUUUUGCCACAUCACAGGCUGCCACGUUCAGCUUGACAGACAUGGCCAAACAGGACCCACCUACUUACCUUGUUGUUAAUGUACAGAUCAGCUACUUUUAGCCUCCUUCUGACAGAAACAGAAAACAUGAGGUAGUUGUUUGAUCGCCUGGAUACACCACCUUAGAAGUGUUAACAUAUUUCUACACCUCUUUUGAGGCAGUUCUUUACCUAACAGCAUCACAAAUGACAAUGCUGGCCAGUGGAACUGCGAGCCUGCUUCUUGCAGUAUGGCUCAAAUUAGAUAAGGGUUGUCGCCCACUCACUCACUGCUCGGUGCUUCUUCAUUCAUUCCAACUUUUUAGAAGGAACUAUCCAAUCUCGUCAGGGACGGUCCGAUCUGCUCAAUCCCAAAUGGCCAGACACAGUCCCAUCUCAUCAGGGACAAUAUCAUCUCGUCAGUAUCAUGCUGAAGUAUGUUGCAGACAACCCUGAUUCGUAUCUCUCUCUGGAUCUUCUUGCCUUCAUGCUGUUUUGAGAGUUUUCUCCACCCACUACCCAGCUUUUGGCUCAAGAGCAUCGGAGAAGGGCGUUAAGUUAAGAGUCCAGCCUUUUAAAUAACCGUAGAAUUUUGAAAGGUGUUCAGUACAAUUCUUUGUGUUGACCUGUUUAGCCAUCAGAUGAGGAUUGUGAUAGGAUUUGCCGGCUAAGGAGCUAAAGUUGUAUGCCAAGAUAAAAGCUUUUUUUAUUUACCACAAAAUUCUCCAUGGAGAUGUGUUAAAGUUAAAGCAGAACUAAGAACAGAAGAAAGCAGACUCACAGGCUUAAAAGUUUUAUUGUGCUGAAGCCCAGGAUGCUUAUUUACUCUGUUCUGACUGUUCACAUUUUUUUCUAGUGUGUACACUGUGAGGAGACUAUGGUUGUGAGAACUGACACAAAAAGGCUUGCCUCAGGGGUGGGUUUUUUUAUGGUGUGGCGAAGAUUAUGGUGUUAAUAAUGAUAAUGUUAAUACUGCACAAAAUAUCUGUGCUGAAGUUAUCGCUCAAGACAACUUGGUACCUCCUCCAUGUUUUUCUUUAUCUGUUUUGUUCUGAGAGUUAAACGUUAUAGUAGUGUUCAUCACAGGUGUGGAAUCCCCAUUUAAUUAGCACCUGGACUUUUUUUUUUAUGGCUGGAAGGUUUGAGUAGUAAAUCUUCUAACCCUCGAGCAAACAGAAAGAAAAGGAAAUGGUGUUGAUUAAGGGACAGUUUAGUAACUGAGACUGCCAACUUUGUUUGCUCAACUGUUUAUUGUAGUAUUUUAUUGAGGCUUUUUUUUCUUGGGCACUCUGACAGCUUGAUUGUUAUCAUGAUGGGCUACGAAGCCAAUGACUCUGGUUGAAGUCCCCAAUGGGGGCUUCCUGUCCAUUAGACUUGUCCUUGUUAGAGAUGGACUCUGAAAUAACCUUACCGCUAUUUAUUGGGGGUUUUAACCCUAUUCAGUACAAUGCAGUGCUGAUAGGUUUCUGUUACCAUUAGUCAGUUUGGUGGUUUGUCGGUGUGGAGACUUGCUGUAGGCCUGGCCUUCUCUGCAAUGUCUUAUUUAACUAGUCAUGACUCAUAAGUCGUUUUGCAUAAUUCAACCUCAAAUGUUGUCACCUGCGUCAUGCUGAUGUGUUGAUAAGCUUUUAAUAUAUGUCACAUUUUACAGUGUUAUUGGGUGUAUUAUAUUUAUGUUACUAAUCUACCUCUUGAUUUGUUUUAAUUACUGAUGAGUUUACUUCUACAUUUGCAUCUCAGUGAUGAAAGGGGUAAUGAACCCAUCCUCAAUCAUACCACAUUUGCAUCACGUCAGAAAAAUUUUCAGAAAGAAGAAACUCAAGGCUCAAUGUGCUCUCUUUUUUCCACUCAGUUCUUUGUAAAGGGAAAGUGCUGUGCCCUAUUGGGUGGAUAACACUGUUCUUUGGACAGGAAGGUGGGGGGAGGGAGGGUGGAAAGCACAUUGAUAUGUAUAAUAAUAUUGUAAAGAGGAAUGCACUGCAUUUCGUACUGGGAGAUGCAGGUAACGCUACAAAACAGAUUGUUCUCUUUUGUACUUUUAGUUGUUUUCAAAGCUAGAGUGCGCCUGCUCAGGUGGCCUGUCCACCGUUGUUUUGUAUUGUGAAAUUGUUUGUGCAAACACACAAGCAUAAAUAAUGUUUUAUGCUCAAAGAAAUGACAUUUUUUCAUGUUACAAGUUGCCAAAGGAGUUAGUAUUCACCUAAUGGUUCAUGUUUACCUCACACUUUGAAGACAUCUCUUCUUGUGUAGCUUUGCACUGGAUAGGGUUCUCAACCCUUUUCAUCUGUAAUAGUAUGGUUGCUCAAAUGUUGGUGAAAUAACUUACCUGUUGAUUGUUUUUGUGAGGGUGUAAUGCCCUGCUAGUCCAAAAUAGAGCAUUUUUAAGACAGAGCACUUUGUCCAGUUGUUAUUUUAAAGAAAGAAAGAAGGAAGGAAAUGUGAUGGUUCACUGGGAAAGGAGUAGCAUUGUUGACUUUUCACUGGAACUUAGCUGGCUGACUUCACUUCUAAUGAAAUGCACCAAUUUAUUUUAAUCUUAAACACUAUAUACUUUUCACUUUUUUUUUAACACAUAAAAAAUGGUACCCGUCAAGCCUCUAAUAAGCAAUGUUUUCUCUUUAUUAAUUAGAUUUUAAAAAUUGAGAUGAUUUUUAAGUGUCAAUUCUCCCACAAGGGCUGUGACCAACAUUUGUUGAAACGAUAUGCGAAAUAAAAGCAUUUUGUUUACGUUUUGAGCUUUUCCACAGAUCUGGGUCAUCAUAUAAAAGACCUUGUCAUGAGUACUUUACUGACCAACUUCUGUUAGAAAGUGGGACUGUACAGUGUGUACGCUAGUUUUUUUCCUCUACUAGUUAGGCUAAGAAUGCUUGUUCCUCCAGGGGAGCCAUGCCCCUGGAUAUGACGCUUCCACUUUGAAAAAAAUAUUGCCUGGAAAGACAAAUGGAGAUUAUUGUAGUUUCAUUAUCUCAAAUCCAACUCAAUUGAAAUGUGAAGUUCUCACAAAUAAAAAAGACAGAAAAAAAAGGCUUUUUUUUAAAUGGAGGGCCUAUAUUUGCAGAUGGUCUUAUUUUUUGGCCCUGACCCUUAAUGAUUUUUUUCACUCAGUUAUCUACUUUUAUUUUCCAUGCCUUCACAAAGAAAGGAGAAAAAAGAAUGGGAAUUAUUUCUCCUUUGAAAUAUAUUUUCAAACAAAGACAUAUUAUGAUUUUCAUAUACCUCAUGUCUUACCAGAUUAUUUUUCUCAGUCACCAUCAUUGUUAAAGAUUGGGGGAGGAAGAGGUAAGAAA